CUUUAUAUAAUCAGGAAUUUUAUUAGUUAUAACUAUACAUUUAUAAUGAUUUAUUUUUCGAUUUACAGUUGGUUACUUUCUCUUAUUUUGUUUAUUUAGCAUACAUUUCUGUGUUCGAAUGACUGGCUUGGCCCCAACAAACUAAAAACGUCAUAAAACACAACUAUUGACCAUAUAUUUUUCGUUAGCAUACUACAUUUGGCGGCUAAAUUGACCUAUAUUUUUUCCACAGAUUUUCAUCUGCAGUGGCUUGUGGGCUAUGUAUUUUACACCAGGGUUAUUUUUGGGCGUACCUCCGGUAUAUAUAGCACAGUCAAGGAAGAUUUCAAACUCAACAGAAGCUGUCAGCGCCGAAAUGGCGUCUUGGAUAUGUGAGUAAGUUACUAAAUCUAUACUUAUAGGUAUAUGUAACUCUUAAAUGUUUAAUUUAGACAUUUUUUACGAACCUUUGCCGUUACUGACUUAGUAGCUGUAUUAGAAGACUGAAAUGUUGUAAAAUAUUAUUUAAUAUUUGUAGUAAGUCAAUUAUCAAAGUGAGCCUUGCUCCUGCGUUGUUUUGAGCCGGAAGUAGGUACCUAAUUACUAUAUUAAUUAUAUAGAGAAUCAUUUGUUUCAGCAUCCGUAUUUGGCUAUGCGGCAAUACCCUGGGUACUCGUCUUACCAUUAAUAACACAGAGGUUCGGAAGAAAGAUUUCCUUUUACUUGGUAACUCUUAGCUCAAUCGCUAGCCACAGCCUUCUGUACUGCAGCACUACGUUGACGGAAUUUUUCAUAAGUGAAAUAGUAACAAGCAUUACUUUUGCCUCACACACAACUCUGCUGAUGCAAGUAAUUGCAGAGUACACAUCACCUCGCUAUAGAGGAGUGUUCUUGACAUUGAAAGGAGCCAGCAUGUAUUGGGGAAUAUGGGUCGGGAAUAUAAUAGGAACCUUUUAUCACUGGAAGUAUGUUGGUUUGAUUGGACUUGUGUGUUCUGUUUAUUGCGGUACAUCUUUAUUUUGGCCGGAAUCGCCCUACUGGUUGGCAUCGAAACGAAGAUAUCAAGAAUGUACAGAAGCCCAUUACUGGUUGAAAGGUUACGGUACAGAAUCCAGAAAGGAGCUUGAAAUGCUUAUUAGUCAUCAGAAGAGCUACAAUGAGAACACAUUGAGAAAAAAUACGCUUAAAGUCAAUAACGGAUUUAGUAAAUUGCAAUCAAUGAUAUUUAUCGAUGAAUUUUAUAAACCACUUCUAUUAACGUUGACGUUAUAUUUACUGUAUUAUUGUUCCGGAAAACUGGUUUGCAAUAUGUAUGUUUUAGAAAUAGUUACAGAAUUGACCGCAAGUGAGUCGGCCGCUUACUUAACGAUGUUGGUGCUCGACGGAGUGACUGUAUUUGGAAUGUAUUUUGGAUGCUUACUCUCUAGAGUCGUAAAGAGAAGGACUCUAUUAUUUACAUGUGCGUCAAAUGGUAUCUUAUUUUUGUAUACUGUGUCGCUAUACCUUUACUUAAUAAAAUACGAAAUUCUAGAGAAAAACAAUAUAAUUAUAAUUUCACUGUUAACUGGAUUUUCAAUUUUUAUUACUAUUGGACCAAUGUUAUUAUUGUCUACUAUUUGUGCAGAAAUAGUACCACAAAAUUAUAACCAAGUGGCAUGUUGUAUGGUAGGAUUGAUUGAUAAAAUAAUAUUUAGUAUUGUUUUAAAAUUGUCUCCAUCACUUUUUAGAGCACUGGGAAUACACGGCAGUUUUUUAUUCUAUGGUGUGUCAUCAAAUAUUUUCGUUGUAAUAUUAUAUAAAUAUCUUCCAGAAACUAAAGACAAAACACUUCAAGAAAUUGCCAACUCUUUUAAAAAUAAAUGGUCAAACGAAAGCGAAUGAAUAAAUACUGAUAAAUAAAAUUUACGUAUAUUGGUAAACAAACGUGAAUAAGGCUACACAUGACAUGCGCAUAAUAUAUGUAACAUUACGAGUA